AAAUUUGUGUCUCCGAAAUCAGUCAGGGACUGUAGUUUAAUUAAGCAUUCAAUAGUUGAGGAUACUUUUUCCAUUGUAUAGUGUGGUUGACGAAGACCAGCAGCGAAGACUUUACCAUGAUCACACUAGAAUGUGUGGUUGUCCACUCCAUGCUUAAUUUCCACAAAAUUUCCUGAAUCUUUUUAAGUUGAAGCAUUAUAUUCUGAAAGAGAAGAUUUCAAUUUUAUACUGAACUGGGAUGGGUAAGAACUACGACAAUUGGGAGAGGCUGGUGAAGGCUGUUUCCCGCAGGGAGGAAGACAAGCUAUUAGCCUUGACUCAUUCCGUCUCCACAUCACCAUCUUCAUCUUCCUCCCAACUCAGUUCUUCCUUGAAUUUUCAGUUUGGCCAUCUUGAUCCUCGGCUAGUUAUUCCAGACACAAGUAGAUUACCGAUGGAAUAUUCUGAUUUCAAAAUGACUGGAAGGUGAUGCUGCCACCUGGAAAACGGCAAGUAGUGUGGGAAUCAUCGCAUAUGAGCUUUUCUCUGGACAGAAGGACUGGACAGAACUGUUUCCUGCUCGGAGCUAUGAACCUCAUCAAGUCGCGAAGAGGCUUUGAUAGAUGUUGGAAAUUCAAUGAGCAUCCGCAAUCCAGAUUCUCAGAGGUGGUUGAGUUCGAAAAAUCACAGAGCAUCUACAUCGAAGGCAAUAUAAAGUCAAAAUUGUUGUCCUCGGAGAGUUGUUAUGCUGCAUACCUAGUAUUUGGAUUCGCGGAGAUGUAUGCAAACUUGAACUCAGCAGUAUCGAUCGUCAGAAACUUUUACAGCGAACCAGGUAUAGGGUAUCCAGAGGAGCAAGCCAAUAUGGUGAAGUUUCAAGAAGGAAAUGAGAGAGAUGAUGGGUGGAUGGAAAUACAACUUGGAGAAUUUUAUGUUGAUGCAGGAGAAAAUGGGCAGGUACAAGUGCAGUUGCUCGACACGAGUGACUACAUCAUGAGUGGCCUCAUCCUCGAAGGCAUUGAGUUUCGACCUUUCUAGUCAUCAAACAAUGAAAUGAGUUAUUAAUUCAAGUUGUUCUUCUUAACCUCUUAUAUCUUUGAAUUCCAAUUUGCCUGAUAACUAGCAAUUAAAUUUGCUGUCUGCUAGGAUCUAUAUGUAAUUAACAAAUACUAACUAAUAAAAACGAAAUUAAAUCGAUUUACAUUCGAA